CGACUGACACAGUUUUCAUUUGGUUUUCAUCCGAAUAGUACGUAAAUUAAAAUUUAUUCAAAGAUUUCUACUACGAAAAUUAUACAAUAGACUUGGAUCAAGGUAUGUCAUCCCAGCAAUCAAAUUGCUCCAUAGGAGGAUCAACAGAAGCCGAUUCGCCGUUUGGAGAGCUCGUGCCGAGCACUAGUAAUGCCCUGCCGAGUUCUUCAAUUGAGCAAUUCAAUUAUUCAAUCAAGUUACUCCAUAGGAGGAUCAAACUUGUCAUUUGUUAGUGCGCAGUCGUCUGGGCACACGCUUUGCUAUGACGGAUCUGGUGAAUCAGAAGCUGGAUUGCUAUUUGGAAAACUCAAGCCAAUGGCCAGUAAUGCCUUGCCAUCAAUAAACUCAAACCAGAAAAUGCAAUUCAAUUUUUCCCCUGGAGAAAAAAGGUCAAAUGGAUUGUUUAAGAAAGCCCAGCUUGUGCCCACCGGUGGCGUGGCUAAUGGAGAACGCAAGCCUACAGAAAGCACUCCCUUUGUAUCUUUGCCGCCUAUUUACUUAAAUCUGGGUAGGGAUCUUGAUGACAGUGCCAAGCAAGUGCAAAUUGGAGGAUGGCUGGUGGCCAAAAAUGAGUCUUGUUCGUUGUCGGCAAUAUACUCAAUCCGAGGAAUAGCUACCCGGGAAUAUAUUUACUCUAUUCCGUCAACGAACUUUUUUGGAAGUGUCCACUCAUCGCGAGACAAUGAUCAGUAUGAUUCAUCCAGCGAUGAUUCUGAUGACAAUCAACAAAUUCGAAGUUACCAGCAGAUGGGUAACUGCAUUCAAAUCGGACAAUCUAAGCCAAUGCCCAACCCAUUGCUAAGAAAUCGCAACUUUCGUGCUCGGGAUCAAGCCCCCAAGUAUGAGUAUGGGAAAAUAGCAGCACGCAGGCAGACGCGUGUUCAAAGGCACAAGUUGCGAGAACUUAAAAAGAAGAUGCUUCUCCAUAAAAUCGGGAGAAAACGAUAAUCUUUAUCUUUGUUAGUGUAUCAGUUGUGUGGUGCACAUUUAUGUGUAUGCCCGAAAGGUAUCAGAUUGACUUUCUUCAAUCCUCAAGACGCAAAACUUUAAGGUGUUUCAUUUACAAAAUUGUUAGUUUUCGACCUCAAUCUAAUAUGCGAAAGCUUAUUUUCGUUAUAGAUAUUAAAAUUGUUAUGUUUGUGAAAAUAUAGGUACUAAUCAUUCAAAAUCGUUUAUAUUAUAUUGUAAAUUGACUAAUA